GAUUAAAGAAGACAUUAUUUCAUUAUAUUUGGAACCCUCACAAAUUUAUGCUAAUCUCAAUAUAGCGCAUUUGUCUGAUCAUUUGUCACCUACUCAUCUUUCAAAUAUUGUUAAAUCGUUAAAGCCAGGGUGUGUAAAUGUAAGCAAUAAGCAUUUACUUAUUGAAGCUGCAAAAAAUGGUAAAAUGCCUAAAUCAAUACAAGAUGUUGAAGUUGGUAGCAUAGUACCAGGGUAUGUAAAAAGCGUUACAGAUUAUGCU